GGGGCCCCGGCCGCUCUAGUCCCGGCCGCUGCCCGGGCCACCGCUGGUGACCACUCGCCGCGCCGCCGGAGGCUUCACCCGCACCCUCCCCCAGGACGCUCCCGCGGAGCUCUGGCCUCUUCGCCCCGCUCGCGGAGGCCGCGCUGCGCGCCGGGCGACAGUGAGGCCGGAAGAUGGCCUGGGUGCUCAAGAUGGACGAGGUGAUCGAGUCCGGGCUGGUGCACGACUUCGACGCCAGCCUUUCGGGCAUCGGGCAGGAGCUGGGCGCCGGCGCCUACAGCAUGAGUGAUGUCUUGGCAUUGCCCAUUUUCAAGCAGGAAGAUUCCAGCCUUCCAUUGGAUGAUGAAACUAAAAACCCGCCCUUUCAGUAUGUGAUGUGUGCUGCAACGUCUCCAGCAGUAAAACUGCACGAUGAAACGCUCACUUACCUGAACCAAGGUCAGUCUUAUGAAAUUCGGAUGCUGGAUAAUCGGAAAAUGGGAGAUAUGCCUGAGAUCACUGGAAAAUUGGUAAAGAGCAUCAUAAGAGUCGUAUUCCAUGAUAGACGGCUACAGUAUACAGAACAUCAGCAACUUGAAGGUUGGAAGUGGAAUCGCCCAGGAGAUAGACUUCUUGAUUUAGAUAUUCCAAUGUCUGUGGGAAUAAUUGACACAAGGACAAAUCCAAGCCAGUUAAAUGCGGUUGAGUUUCUGUGGGACCCUGCAAAACGCACAUCUGCUUUCAUUCAGGUGCACUGCAUCAGCACAGAAUUUACUCCACGGAAGCAUGGUGGUGAAAAGGGAGUGCCUUUUAGGAUCCAGGUUGAUACCUUUAAGCAAAAUGAAAAUGGAGAAUACACAGAUCAUCUACACUCAGCCAGCUGCCAAAUCAAAGUUUUUAAGCCGAAAGGUGCAGACCGGAAACAAAAAACUGACCGAGAGAAGAUGGAGAAGAGAACUGCUCACGAAAAAGAAAAGUAUCAGCCAUCCUAUGAUACCACAAUCCUCACAGAGUGUUCUCCGUGGCCCGAUACCCCCACAACCUAUGUGAAUAACAGCCCCUCUACAGCGCCCACUUUCACCUCCCCCCCGCAGAGCACCUGCAGUGUCCCGGACAGCAAUUCUUCUUCCCCAAAUCAUCAGGGAGAUGGAGUUUCACAGACCUCUAGUGAACAACUUCAGCCUUCAGCCACCACCCAGGAAACACAGCAGUGGCUGCUCAAAAACAGAUUUUCUUCCUACACAAGACUGUUUUCCAAUUUUUCAGGUGCCGACUUAUUAAAACUGACAAAGGAAGAUUUGGUACAAAUUUGUGGUGCAGCCGAUGGAAUUCGGCUCUAUAAUUCACUGAAGUCAAGGUCGGUUAGGCCCCGCUUAACCAUCUAUGUCUGCCAGGAGCAGCCGGGCAGCUCACUGCUGCAAGGGCAGCAGCAGGCUGCAGGCAGCGGAGCCGAGAAUGGCAGUGGGACACCCUACGUUUAUCAUGCAAUCUACUUGGAAGAAAUGGUUGCCUCAGAAGUUGCUCGAAAACUUGCGUUGGUGUUUAAUAUUCCUUUCCACCAAAUUAACCAGGUUUACAGACAGGGUCCCACUGGUAUUCACAUUCUUGUUAGUGAUCAGAUGGUUCAGAACUUUCAAGAUGAAAGUUGUUUUUUAUUCUCCACAGUAAAAGUUGAAAAUAGUGGUGGUAUCCACAUAAUUUUGAAGUGAUGUCUUAUGUAGUCUGAACUAUAUUCAGUACCAAAUAAAGUCACGCUGAAAAGUGUGUGAAGACUGAAUCCAAGAAGUCUUGGGAUUGGAUUUUACUGUAUGAAAUGUUUCAUAUUGAAAACACAGAUGACCUUUCUAAUGAGCUGUACGAGAGGCGAAUCUCCUCACUGCCACGCCAAGCAUCCUCGCAGAGGGAGCGCAUCAGGACAGCACGCCUGCUGGGGCCGCGCAGGGCUGCUGCCUCUCUGGCAGAGGCCAGGAGAUCGAGUUCCUAGAAGCAGCCUUUGCUGUUCUUUUUACACUGUAUGUGGUUUGGAAAUGAAUGUAAAAACGUACUGUGGGCAUUUACCUUUCUGUGCCAGUUCGGCCUUUACUGCCUGAACCUUCUGCUGACCUGGGGCUGGGGACAGUGCUGUCAUGGAGCCAGCAUGGGUCUGUCUGCAGAGAGAGGCGAUGUGCUGAUACAGUGAUUGGUGGUCAGGUAAGAGGCUUGGCACCUUCUCGGAAGAAAUCAUGUCUAAGGGUGUACGUCUCACGCGAUCGUGCCAGACGGGAAGAGCCAAGCAGGAAGACGGGCUGGAAGCAAGCUGCAUUACCCAGAGUACCUUGGUGAGAGGAUCAGUGUAAACCCUAAUAGGUACAAGACUUUGGUGUUUUUGCUUUGUCACAGAUUUAUUGAAAAACCUUUUGCUUCUGCUUCCAUUUUUAGCAUUUUGUUUCUGAUUUUCAUUUUUGAAGCCCCACCGCCUUUUAAACUUAUGUGGUUUUCUCUCUUUUUCCUCCACCCCUCUGUCUUCAACUGCCUUUCCCAACUCACCCCACACCAUCCCCUUCUUAAACAGUUUUAAAGCCCUACCCCAGACCUAUCAGAAAUAGGUGACCUAAGCAGGCGAAAACGUAUGGUUUCUGACGUGGUGUUAAGGAGUCUUUGUUAUCAACAAGUUGAAAUUAUUCUUGGAACACUAGACAUCAUAAGUCAAACACUAAAUUGUACCAUGAAAAUUCCUUGUAUUGAGCUUUAGUACAAUCAUGAGUAAACAUUCUGGUGAUUACUUAGAGGCUUUUUUAAUACACCCACAUAAUAGUUUCUUUUUCUAUAAAAAGAUUGCCUCUCUCAAAACCAAAUGUUUGUCUGCCAGUAUACUUUUCAAAGGGAACCCAGUAUUUUCACCAUUUUUCCUACUAUUUUUCUCUCUUCCCUUCACCCAAAGCCUUUCCCAAAAUUCACGAGCAGGAGUUGUUGAGGCCUGUGGUGUGCAGCACACCCGAUUUGUUUUUAAACUUCAAUUCCAUUUUAAUUACAGCUUCUCUGUCCAUUUACCCAGGUGUCUUGGUUUUGAAGGUAUUCUUUGAUCUUUAUCUUUGUUCAGUCAGAAAUAAGAAUGAGUAAUUUUGAAUUUGAAAUCUGUCUUAGAAGAGAAACUACUCAGUGGGUAAAAGUUGAUUGUUUUACUCAUAAAGGAGGUUGUCUGAUACAAAGAAGCACUGUGUCUGUUUCCAUCUUUGGUUUAAAAAUAUCUAACUCUUUUAGACCAUAAAGCAGGAGAGCCUUCCCUUUCUGUCAUUUUCCCUUUGCUUUUGUAUGACCACAUGUUUUCUGUACCAGUUGGUUGGGAAAGAAGAGUUUUUAUGAAUUGUUUUAGUUUUGCUUGUCUAUUUAGCAUUACUUUUUGAGUCUCAAGAUUUAUGGAACAAUACAUGUCGUUUAAUGCUGUGUGCUAUUUGAAUUCCUCAUCAGAUUUUAGAAGUGGGGUAAAAAAUAAUUAAAAGCUCAUCAGACUUGAAAUUACACCAGGUGGUGUUGAGCAGUAGUCCGUCCCAGUGAAACCAGUUCAGUUAUGGCACCAGCAUAUUUGCUACUUUGUUUUUUUAAUAGUAGGAUGUAUACAUUUCAGUAUAAUAAAUGUUUUCCGAUUGUUUUGCAAACGUGUGUCUCAUUUAAAAAUCCCAGUUCCUGCUAGUGUCAGAAUGGAGAGGCCCCACGUGUGCGUUCUGAGUGCACACCAGUCCUGCCAGUGUCUGUCAGCAUGGACAGGCCCCACGUGUGCGUUCUGAGUGCACACCAGUCCUGCCAGUGUCUGUCAGCAUGGACAGGCCCCACGUGUGCGUUCUGAGUGCACACCAGUCCGAAUGUCAUGUAAGAUGUGAGGCCCAUGUUGUUGUUUUCUCAAAGCUGAUGCAACUUGGGGGACAUGUUAUUCCAGUAACUUGCACACCUGAAGCAGAAGCAAAUCUGAUUUUCUUAUUAGAGGUUCUCCUGUUUUGUAAAUGAGGGCCUGGGUCACUGAGUACAGUACUGCGAUAGGUUGUGUCCUGGCUCAAAGGAGAUAAUGCAUAAAAGGCCCUGGUCAUUUACAUAAAAUAGAAACUAUAAUUCAUAAUCACUGAAGCACGGCUGUGUUAUGUUUAUUUAAAGUGUCCUGCAUUAGUCAUUUCUACCCCACACAGUAGUACAAAUGUAUAUUUCAAUACCUGCUGUGGUAUACACACAAACUUUUAGACCAGAGUAUAUCCAAGCAAUAAAAUCAUCAGGACUUGAGUGCUUUUCUGACAGUCCCAUUACACUGAUGUACGGGGCUGCAUGUGUAUAGCCCUCUGCUUCCUAGAACGCAGCUGAGGCAGUGUGUCCUACAUGCUUCCAGCACUGUCCAUCUCGUAGAAGUCUGCUGGUCAUAGGGAAAGAACACCUUGCUUUUACUGUUUCACUUCAGCUUCUCGUGAGUUCUGGACUCUGGGCCAGGGAGUGGUUGCUGCGAAGGGUUGGCUCCCAUGAACACAGGUUCACCUUGAAGGUGGUGAUGGGUCUUAACUAAAGAUGACAAAUGUGGGCAGAAACUAGGUCACCUUAGAUAACACUAGGAAGGUCUUGAAUUUGGAAAGUGGUUUCGCUCAGAUUUACCUGCCAUAGAUUAUAGCAAUAAAGCCCUCUGACUUAGCAUUGCAAUGGUUUAUUCGUUUUUAUAUUUUGAGUCUAAAAGGUGCCAACACUUUAUUGAUCUGAGUUUUAAAUGUGUAAAACUUUUGACUAGUUCUGGUGUAACUUGAUUUCUAAGAUUUUAAAAUAAACUUGGAAAGAAAAUCACACCCAUUCUACAUGCAUCCAUUCAUUAUUUUUAAUUGAUUGUAUUAUAGAUAACUUAAGUCUUAAUUCUAUUGCUUUAAGGUCCCCCAAAUUUUGUGAGAUAGGACAUGAUUAGCUUUUCUCCUAUAAUAAAA